CAUUCCAUGGUCAGUAUUGUUAGCGGACAUUGGUCCAUGGAAGGUGUUGCUUGAUGUUCUUUGGUCAGGUUGGGGUAGUUGGUUGGAUACAGGUGUUGCAUAGUUGCGAUUUUUUUUUUUUUUUGGGUAGGGUGAAAAGUUAUCUUGUGAUGCUCUGAUGAUGCCUGUUUGGUGCAGGGAGAAACCCAGCGUGGCUUGAAAUUUUCAAAUAAGGGUGAAAAGAAAAUUUUCAAGUAAGGUGAAGAAUUCAGAAAACAUGUUAGUCUGAACUUGGUAGAAUAGGGUUCACAAAAUUUAUAAGAAUGAUUUAGAAAAUCUCUAAAGUCAUCUUCUGUCUCUAAGUCCAAAAUGUCUAAGUUCACUGAAGCGUCUUAUUCAAUCUCUGCAUCUUUUAUAAUACUACGUGGAUUAUAAUAUGCAUUACCUUGGUUGGUUCGCUCUGCCAAUCAUGAGCUUACUCCAAACCAAUUUCCAAUGGAACUCUAGCAUCAGCUGGAAGCUUAAGUGCCUCUGAUCCUAAAUGCCCGAUCUUGUUACCCUAGACGUUGUGACCAAGAAUUAAUGAGUCUUGAAACUAUUUCUACUUCUCAGUUUCUUUUAGAGGAUCUUCGUUUCCUUUGAUUUCUUCAUUGUUCAUGAAGCUUUUCACAUAAUGCUUUUCAAGAUUGUUUGUGUAGGACAUGAACGCAACAUAAAAGCUGGAAUCAUUCAAAAUCAUUUGGAAGCUUGAUGCUAUAGGAAGCUGUUGACUAAAUAGGAUAUUGAUUGACCAGCUAUUCUAUAUUCUUUUAGUAUAGAAAAGGGGCAAAAACGGUCAUUUCUGCAUUGAAAUUUCUUUUCUUCAGACACCACUUUGCUUCCAUUUUCAUUGUAGUUCUAUUUUCCUUUUUCUAAAAAUGUAUUAUCUAACAUGUACAUUGAGUAACUUCUUGAAAUAGUACUUGGACUUCAUUGAAAUCUAAUUUUAUAGUGGCAACAAGGCCAAAUGAGGAACCUGAUGUGGUGUAACUGUUGUGAUAAGUGAUGAAACAUUCUAUUCAAGAUAUCAGCUUAGAUCUAGUAGUGAUAAAUUUCAAUGGAGAAGAAACCUAUCGGGUAGUUGUGUAUGUGCCCUGCGUUGUUGGUGAAAGCAUCUGUCUAGUUGGAUUAUUUAAGAUCAGGGCUGAAAAUAGGUCGAUAUUGUUCAACUGUAUGCUUUUCCUCACCCAAAAUUGUAUAUGCAUGUAUCAUUAUCUGAAAUACAGAUAAAGACAUGGAUAAUUUGAUAAAGUUCCUUUUUUUAGGUUUUGAUAUGUAUAUGGGUAUUGAAGUAUUAUUUAAAUAUGGAUAGCCAGAUUUUGAGAUGUUUAGCAACCAUCAACUUUGCACAAAGAUGAUACUUUAAUCUUGAUGAUAUAUUAAAAUUUCAGUAUGAGUUAUAUUAUUGAUUCUGGAUUUGCUAUUUGAAGACUGGCUUUUUAAUAUAUGUUAUUGAUUUAUCUGACCAUAUUUGAUUUAUCUAACUCAUUGAUAUACUCAAUUAUUUGAUUUGUAUCUGUUAUGUUUAAAGAAAUAUAGGUAUUCCUUGUCUAAUUUAUAUCUGUACAUGUUUUUAAACAAAUAUCGACAUUAGUCAUAUUCAUUUUGUAUCUGUAUUUGUUUAGAACAUUAUAUAUGUAUCUUUUAGUAGUCUGAUUAGCACUUUUUUUAUUUAUUUAUUCACAUCCAUUUAAUAUGGAUAUAACAAUCUUUGAUUCAUAUAUGAUUUGCUGUCAGCCAUAGCCUAGAAGUAUUUGCUUUCUAAAUUACAAGCUAAUGCUGGAGGAUUCAUCAUUAUACAUGGACAGUCACCCUAGUGUGUUUGGAAAAUUAUAUAUAUUGUACAAAUAUAAGCGAUAGUAGAUCAGUUUCUGUCGCCCUCCAUUUUAAGCUGAUCUGUUUGAAAUCAAUUAUGCAGGUGUAGAGGAAUGUCUUUGAAAUAAGACCUCAUUAUUGUGUGAGUUGGAUGCCCACUUGAUCACUUACACAGAGUAAUGUAUGUCCGUAGUCCUAUAAAAUCAUAUUCACCCAUGAGGAAGAUUGAUGCACUGAUGAACAGUAAUUCGUGUGUAGACCAAGGCACCACUUAUGAACACGUUUUAACAUUACAUGAAUAUCUUCUUAUCAGCAAUAUUAUUUUUGGACCAGACCCUCCAAACUUGCUUGGUACCACCCUUUUGGUACCUACCUUCUGAUAGUUUUUACAUUUGCUUUCUUAUUGAUGUGCCUGUAUACUCUAUAAAAAGUUAAUCAUAUUGUUUCAUUUUUAAGUCCCACAAUGACCUGGUUACCUAUGAAAACAUAGUUACAGACAAAGAGAUGACAAUUUAUAUGAUUUUUUUAAUUUUACCAUUAGAUGCUUGACAUACUUGCCUCUAGGAAUGCGUCUGUUCCUCAUCUGCCUUGUGAUUGGGGCUUGAUUACAGUAGAACUAGAUUCUGGCUGCUAGGCUUUUUGUAUGAAUUAUAGGACAUUGAUGGAGAGAUAAUAAUUUGGAGAAGUAAAUUGAUUUUGAAUCAUUUAAAUACUUCUUGCUUUGAGAAUAUAAAAUCAAUGUGGUUUCAAUUGUUUAUGAAAAUUUCAUCGACCAGCUCAAAAGAGUGUUCGAAAAAAAUACAAACAGCCAAUUUCAUCAUAGCUGAUUCAUCUUGCAGUUUUCACCUUUAAUCUUGACAGAAUAGGAGUCCAUCUGUUUGGAGUUUCUGUUGAUUGUAAUGAUGCACCUUGUAAGGAUGAACCCUCACUUAAUAUGCAAUUGUUACUUAGCAAUCUUUUACGAGUUUGAAUGACAAUUGUAAUGCUCGAGCAGAACUAUACAAGGUUCAUAUUCUAUGGAUAAUCCCUGUGUAAGAAUGACCCAGAGCAAAGAUGAUUUUGGUUUUCAACAUUGUGAGGAUAAGUUCUUUACUAUCAUGUCUCUCUUCAAUAGUUUGAAACUUCCUGUUGUCAUUUCAACAUUGAAGCAAGAGUAGACUGUGGAAAUUCUGGACAAACUAUUGAUAGUUGUAUGCUUUUAUUGGCCCUUUAUAUGAUUGGAAUUUUGGCUUUGGCUAUUUCAGGUCCCUUUUCUAGGUCCAUGUAGACUCUUUUGAUGGAAGGAAUGCAGUUUAGAGAACACAAAGUUACCCUUUUCCCCCUAUUUUUAUUGAGCAAAUUUUUAGAUUCAGCUUUGAUUGUUCUCUGUCGACAAUUACAAUAUACAGAGAAUGUAUCUUUAUGAUGUAGUUAUUACACGUGCCUAACAUAUCCUGCUUGUGGCCUUCUGUUAAUUUAUUGGGGCAUUUGUUUGUGCUUUCUGUCCUCCAUUUUAGGUUGACAAGAAACUAUACAUGCACUGGUCUGAUGCAGAAAUAGUUGUGAAUUUGAUGGUUAUCUCUUGGAUGACUCUAGACCCAUUGAGAAACUGGAGGUGGAUCCAUUAUAGUGGGUUCCUCUUCGGCCGAACCAUUUUUCCUACAACUAAUUGGCAUUAUUCAUGUUUAGUGGGGGAGCUCUGUGUCCUGUUGUGCUGUCACCUGUAAAUUAGGAUAUGCCAUGAUUUUAGUUGCAUCUAAUGUUAAGGUCUUUGACACUUUCUUUCAUGUUCUUUAGGGAUUUACAUGUGACUUUGUUUCUUAUAUACUAAAUCUUGUUGGACUCAGAGUUCUUAAUAGAUAUUAUGUUUUAAGAGUCUUUUCCUCAAACUUUUAAACUUUAUUGUAGUGGAGAAGAUUAUUUUUAAAAAAAUUAUAGGGAAUAAGUUCUAAGAAAUUUUACAUACAUGCUUCUGCUAGGAUUUAAAAUUAGCCGGAAAUGCUUGAGAGUAGUCAAGUGGAAAAUCUCUUAUAGUUCGGUGUCCAUCUUUUUUUUCUUGAGUAUAUUUAUUUUUCAUACUGCAUGAACAGCUUAGAUUUUGCUCUUAAGAACACCUUGCUCGAAUGCAAUGUUUAACGAUGGUCAUAACUCAUAACUCAUACCCAAUGAGGUUUAUCUUAUUUAUUUUGAUACAGUCUAUGCAAGCCCUUCAUUCAAUACUUGUCUUAUUUUUCAUGCUUUCCCUUUGAUGAAUCAUCCUCAUGGUGAGCUGUUGAGCCUUGGCCAUUUCCAAUAUCUCAUCUACUUUUUGCUAAGCAUGCUUAUACAAAUAGAAUAUCACAUGGACCUGGCAUUCUGAUCUCUGCAAAGCCAAUGCUACGCAUCUGGACCCUGAAAAGCAUCGGCUUCUUUGUUAACUUCUUAAACUUUCUAUUUUGCUAAACCACCAUGUAACCUUCACACUACAUUUUAAACACAGCAUGCCAAUUCAUUCAACCCUCUUUGUUUCUCUCUGAUUUAUCUUCAUGCUUCUCUCCACUUCUGUACUUGCCAAGAGAUAACAAAGUGGACACUGGUAUCUGUUUACUGUUGCUGUGUCUUCUUUUUCAUUUUUAAUCCUGAUUAAUAUUCAUGUCUUUGUUGAACUAUUUUAGCAUCAGUCAUCUUCAUGCCAAAUUGAUCAACACUAUUUCAGAUAAAAUCAAUGCAAGCAAAUAAACAAAGAAAGAUAGGAUGAAGGUUGACCCUUUGUCCAGAUUCAUAUUUCGUUGGCUCUUCUGGUAUUCUACAAUGUCCAUUGCUUCCUUCUUUGAAGCUCUCUAUAUGUGGUUCGGUAAAUGUCUUUUGAAGAGACACCUCUGAUUUUUCUAAAUCAUUUAGACUCAAUGGUCAUUAACAUUUUUUUUGCAAGCAAAUGCCUUGCUUUUUACAGAUAUCUUACUUUUUCUGAUACUGAGUGAUUAUGGCUUCCUCACAAUUGUCGCAUGAAUCUUAUAAAUGAACACAGUCCUUGAUAUGGUUGGUCUGUUUUCUGGGGAUCAUGCUGCCUCUUAUGUCCUUCUAUAUUAAAAUGGAUAUUUAUUUCCAAAAAAAUAACUCAUUAUAAAAGGAAAGACACAUGACUACUUUUCAGAAGGGCAGAUAUUUCUUCAAACAUGGUUAUGAGGCAUGUGUAUGACAUUCAGAUGCCUGGGUGUCUUAUCUUUUCUUUAAACAGGUACAGAUGCUGCUUCAUGCAUUCUCAGGUGACCUGAAAUACAGUCAUUAGACUUGCUUUCUAUGCUCAUGUUCCCUAAGAAUUGGUUGGUUUUGAUUAAUUUGUAGGUUCAUAGGUGAACAAUAUAAAUGUGCCUUUUACGUAGACCACUUCUUGGAAAGUCCUCACAUACAAUAUAUCAAAAAAAGGGGUAAAUUUGGAUCUCUGGGACCUUUUAACUUCAAAUUUGGACAGGAUCUGUUCAUACAGAUGUGGGUGGGUAGGUGUGAAUCAGCGCUUAAUUUCUAUUCUUUAGUGGUUAUGGAUUUUUUUUUGAUUUGAUAGGUAUAGACUUCAUUUAGUGAUAACAUUAGCAAUUCUUCUCUGCUUCUUAGAAGUGUGCACUUUUCUUGAGUGGUAAGAUCAUCGCUCAAAAUCAAUUGUAGAUAUCUGGUGCCUUGUUUCUUUUCUCCCUUCCAUCAAAGUUUACUGGAACAAACCACAUCUUUGUCCCGUCACUAUCAUCUACUUAUACUCCUUAUCCUGUCCUGUUUAGGGAACCCGCUACCAAGAAGAUUAUAUUCUCCAUAAUCUUCUUCGCGUGAACCUAUUUUAAGGGUACAAUUUUUGUGGUAUUCUCAUAGAUGGUUUCAACUGAACUAAAAAUGAUUUGCAAGCACUAAUUGGCUUCUUUGGACCAUAUAGGACAGGAUUAUUUUGAAAUGUAUAGUUUUCCAUCAUCAGUGAGAUUGAACGGCAGGAAUUUCGAGGCUCUACCAUGUCAGCCUCUUUCCUGGAGGCAUCAGCCUAGCUCGUCAUAUCCUUGGCUGUUUAAGUGGGGCCUAAACAUUGUAACAGCACAAGAUGCUCCUUAAAACAGGGUUUAUCACAUUUUGGGGACUGACUUUGUUAUUUCCUCAGCAAGGCAUAUCAAAGAGUUGAAGUGCAAGUGUCUAGAGAUUAUGCCAAAGCACAUUUGUUUUUGAAUGACAAAGGCAUCACAUGCACACAUGCUACAUUUCGCAGUGGUGUACCUCCUGGAGAUACUAUGGGCAUAUCAUUUGCUAAUGAUUUUUGCCUUGAGAUUCUUUGGAUUCAUUUCAAAGUUUGCUUGUCUAUCUUAUUGUAAGAUAGGAUUUCAACAGCCUUCGCAACAUUGGAUGUGCAAUUAUUGCCUCACAUUGCUUCAUGAUUCGGCACUUCUAUGCUUUAAUUUUGGUCAGUGGUUUGUAUUAAGAGGAGGGCAGAAGAUAUGAAUGCAAUCUGAAGAUAUUGUUUGACAGAUAUCAUACUUUCUAAUAAUUAGUUUUGAGGUUUAGCUCUAAGCAGGUGACUGGGACCUACAAAGGGUUGAAUGAUUUUUCACCAGCUUCGUAGCUCUAAGGCAUGCUGCUGAUUUUGAGUUGGCACUGCAUGAUAAGCUGGUUGGUCUUGUUCCAAAGAAGAUCUCCAAUGAGCACACGUGGGAUCACUCACAUGCAGUGAAGUGGAGGGAGAUGCAAUAUUUUGGAGGAAAUGCAAGAUUCUGUCGCUCCAGGUUCAGAAUGGAAGACAAUAAAUGUUAUAGCAGUUGAUUUUCCAAAAACUUAGCAUUUAAGGUUAACUACGAAAGAUGGUUCUGACCUUUAGAGGCAUGAAAGAUUUUUGCAUUGAAUUUGUAGUCCAAUUUCAGCUGGCAAUCACUAGAUGGCAUGCACAGUGUGUUGGUUGGUCUUAUUAGGGACUAUGUUCUGCACAUCAGUAAUGCAUCUGAUUUGCUUGAAGGAAAAGUCUGUUUGCACCAUCGAUUUUUUCUUUAGGACAAUCAUUCGAACAGCAGUUCAGUGAUGGAGGGAAUAUAGUGCAAGAGUGUUCGGAAUAAAAGACAACAUAUUUUAAGGAGGAGUACUAUGUGCCACUUGUAUGGAAUCUUCCACGGCUCCGGUAAAUUUCAUGGGGACAUAUCUUGUCCUUGCCCAAUUUUCAUGAAAUCCUCUGGCCCUUCAGAAGCUGCAGACUGCUUUUGCCAUGUUCAGUCCCCUCUAGCAUGCCAAGAUGUCUAGGGUUUUGCCUUAUACCAUAUCGUGUUUUGUUCUCCCAAGGGGGCAAUCUUCUUUCAGGUGUUACUCAGAGCAGCCUAUUCCAAUUGUAUUAAAGAGGUUUUGGAUAAUAUUUGGAGGGCUUGUUCAUAUAUAACAGAAUUGUACUAGUAGAAAGAAUAAUGUUUUUAAUCAUUGUCAUUUGGUUGAACAAUAUGUGGAAGCUGAUAUGAAAAGAUAUUAAAAAGUUCCAGUUAAUAUCUAAAUAAAUAAUCAUGUAUAUUUUCUCUAUAUACUGUUUUUGGCUGGUUAUGCAGGUCCACUAGGCAUCUGCAAGUGGGACUCAAGAGGUAUUAGCGUAUGCACAUUUAUCUGUUAGUGUUAUGUAGUAUGCUCAUAUGUUUGCAUUUCUGAACCACUCAGUUACUCAAAUAUGUUCUAGUGGUGUAAUAUGUAUAGUUGAGAGCAUAAAUUUAAUUUUCUGCCCAUUUUGGUGGAAUCAUCUAGCAUAGAGACAGAUAUAGUUGCAGUUAUCCUCUGCUUUACUUUGGGAAUGGCUUGUUUUGGUCUGCCCUCUGCCUUAAGUUUAUGCAACAUUGACCACUGAAUGUCGAUGCUGUUAAAGUGACCUGCUACAACUAUGCUAUGGUAAUGUUCUGCUCUUUGUUUGUUUUGGCUUUCGUAAUGUGAAACAGCUGUCAUCAUAAUUGUGGAAUGGAGCUUUUGGAGUGUUGUAUGGUAGCAAGUGAUUUGAUCAAUUCGAUUGAGACUUAUGCAAUAAAUAAUGUAGUUUUCAUCUCAUCAAUAAACACUUAUUUUUAAUUAUUGUCACACUCAGUAAUCUGGAUAGAUAAAAGGAAGUUGGUGAAAGAAUAUUCCAGACUAGAUGAUCUUGACUCUCUUUUUUAUGCUUGUCAGACAUUUGUUCAGAAGAUGCUUCUAUCAUAUUAUUGGCAAUUUACAUCUCAAGGAUGAGUGAAACAACAUUAUAGAUGCAAUAUAUAAUAUAAAAUGCAAGACUUCUUUGGUUAUGCAUGACCAACCACCUCCAUCCACUUAAAUUAUAUUAUUUGUUUUCUCAAUUCAAAUUAAUCAAGGACUAGUUUUUUAUUUCUUUGAUGGAUGAAAUCUGGACUUAACAUAUAUAUAAUAUAUAUGCUUAUCUUAUGGGAAACUGCACCUCGUUUUGAUGAUUAAAUGUGUGAAACUUGACUAACAGUAGGUACUAAUGCCAUAGUUUUUUAAGCCGAAUUUGGGGAUUUGAAAUCCUAAACCUUAUUGUGUUUGUAUAUUAAUUUUGAGAAGUGGUUAGUAACUUCCGUGUCUAAUUUUUCGGGUAAAAAAGAAAAAAAGACUAACAUUUUUUCAUAUCAGAACUAAAUCAGACCUCGAAGUUUGUUCAGAUUUAUGCAGAAAGUGUUUCUGCAUAUGAUCAUUCACCAUGUGCAGGAGUGUGUUUUAAGCCCCUGAUGGUAGAAUAUCAAUAAGAUCCAAGGAAAGAUGCGAGUGAUUUCAAAACUUUUAUUCAAGGUAUGCCGUCUCGGUACCGAGCCCCGUACCAGUGCCACUCUGUUACUAUAUCGGUAUGCCUGGUACGGUGUCUGGUUCGAUGUACUGAGUGUUGGUAUGCCUCCCGUAUUAUGUAUCAGUAUGGUUCGGUAUGGUACGGUACAUCUUCUACCAUCCGGUUUAGUACGAUAUGAUAUACCUUGCUUUUAUUAUUUGUGAAAAUAUGAGAAGCAUAUAUGUUUUCUUAGUUUCUUCUGUUUUCAACAUUGAAAACCUCUUAGCUACUUAGCUAUGUACCGAGGAAGCCGCCUUCCUACAUAUUUCCCAAAAAAGUAAAAACAGAAAAAAAUAUUUAGAAAGAGAAAAAAGAGUUAGUUUGCCACCUUAUGGCUGACCAGCCUGGAUCCCCCACUGCAUAUAAAUCGAGAUAGGCUUCCACCAUCAUUUGAAAUUUAUGCUAGAUUGACUCCUAAUGGAUCACCUAUAAUCUUUUAGUCUUCCCACAACUGACUUGUUAUCAAGCACAAAGUGUUCUAGAUAAAGUUUCUCCAUAUCCAUAGUGAUCAAAUUAUACUAAAGUGGCGGUCUUCCUCCAACUUCUUUCUUGGUUAUUAUCCACACCAAGGAAUCUCCCACAAGAUUUUGGGUUUUCCAAACCUACUGUGCAUUUGCAUGUGCAUCAUAGACUCAUAAUCUACCUUCAAGUGUUAACCAACAUAAUCUUUUGAUCAGAGCCCUGUUGUUACUGUUUUAAAUUUAUUUUUUCAGACAGAAAGUCCAAUCAGGUUGUCUUGUUCCUUUAGCACCCCCCUCCACCUACACCCCCCACAAAGUUUCAGUUAACUUGGCGUUGGCAUCAAGCAACAAAUACUUUACAUGUUAAUAGUAAGGAGUGCUACAUCUUUGGUUGUUUGCUUGAAAAUUUAGUCAUUUUAAAGUCCAAAUGUUAGUUUUAUUUUAUUUGGCCAGAGUAUAUAUUUGAAGACAAGAAAAAAUUCCUUAGUUCUUCUUUCCUAAGUUCUGCACAAAGAUCCAUAUUUUUCAUAGCAAUCGAUGCAUCAAUUUGCUAGAUAAUAAGAAGUAAUCCCAAUAUCCCAUGGUACUUUAUAGAUGUUCCUGCUUGCUGCAAGGUCACCCUUGUUUUUCAUUACCCUUGUUUUUCAUUUGAGUCUGAUUCACCAGUUUGUCAGCUGAUAUAUGUAACGACAUAUUAUGUGGUCUAGUGUUCAAAUGCAGCUCAGGAAGGUCUUUGUAGCUGGAUAUUUCAUUCCUAGAAAACUUUAAAUGGUUGAGGAUGCAGGAUUAAUGAUCUACAACAACUUUAUACUGCUAGGGGAUGAAAUUAUUAUCUUGCUGCUUUUAGAGUUGCAUUUGGAUAACAAUUUCAGAAAGGAACUGCUGCAUUUGGAUAUCUACACUUCUUUUAAGAAAGGAAUUGCUCAUUCUGCUGUUCAUUUUGGGAAUGAGCAUCAUUCUAUGCUUUUCAUAAACUACUGGCAGAACAUCACCAAAUGAUUCUGUACGACCUGAGGUACAUGUUCCAUUUGGUUUUAGUUGGCAUGGUGUAUGAAGGUGUCCUACUGAAAAUCCAAAGUUGAUAGGCUUUUCUGUGCUAGGCAAUUAAAAUUAGGAAUCAGAUCUUGCACAGUUGCAGGACUGUUGAAUAGGAAAAGGAUGAUUGUUCCUGCGCCGUGUUCAAUUUUUUGACUCUUGUGAAUGAUGUAUAUAGGUGAUAAGUACAGUUAGUGAUCUGGAAGGAGGUUGUCCCAUGGGUGAUAGUGAAUAGUUUGAUUUGGGAUCAGAUCCGUGGAUGACUGCUUAUGUUGAUUGAUAAAGAUCUUGCUAGAUAUCAAUGUUAAAGAAUUCUGAUUGUCUUUAUCUUUUACAUGUAGCCAUUACUUAUUUUUCCAUGUUUUUUUUCUUCUUAACAGUGGAUUGAUCCCAACAGUUUCAUUCUAUAAUUCCCAAUGAUAAGUUUUAACUAUUUUAUUUUUUUCUUUUUAAAUUUUGCAGAGAUUUUGAACACUAGCAACAUCUAAAUGGUGCAUAGAAGUUUGUCCUAUGCAUCCCAGCCAUCACAUAUGGACCAUACCUAUACAUGGAAUCAUCAAAAUCCUAAUCCUCGAAUGCUCUUAGGACAUAAUUCUUUUAUGCCUUCUAUGGAUAAUUCAGCAACCAGUGGAGUAAAUUCCAUGGCUCAUAACAUUGCACCAAGAACAAACGGCCAUCCCGCAUCUAGUUUCAGUCUAGAAUACCUGAACUACAGGGCUGCCAACCCACUAAAAUUUCAAAAUAUGCAUUCUUCACCUGCUGGCAGCUGCUUUAGAUUUUCACCAAAUCAUGCCCCACAUAUGCCUGGCUACAGUCGACCUAUAAUGGGGGAUGGUUGCAACACAGUUAAUCCUCAAAUUGACAAUAGAAGGGUGUCAUUGAAAAGGAAAAGCCCAGAGAUGCCCCUGGUUGCUGAGAGACCGAAUGUUGGUGGAUAUUAUUGUGCUGGAAGUUCUUCCAACUUUCCCAUUUCUUCUGAUUAUUUACAGGCGAAGCCUAUUCCUGUACCUCAAUACCGGCCUUUGAAUUCCACAUACACAGGCCCCAACUAUAGGAGUGACAAUCUCUUGAGUGUGGGGGAGGGACCUCAGAGGAAUGUAAGAAGUCGACAUAGUCAUACCUUCCAUUUAGAACACAAUCCAGCUGGGGCCUAUCCAUCAAGUAACAUGCCUCAUCAUUCAAGUUCAACUGCGAGCAUGUCUGGUCCGAGUAUGGCAGAGCAAGGGAGCCAAACUCAUGUGUCUGGGACUCCCCAAGGAAGGAUUUUGUUUUCAGAUAAUGGCUACUACAAUCAUGAGCUGAACCAGUCCCUUGGGCGAAGCAAUAUUAACAAUGGUACUGCUGCAAUGAAUGCAGUGUACUAUCCUAACACUAUUAGAAAUUGGAGUUGUCCUUUGCCAAAUCUAGUUGUUCCUCCCCCACAAGGCAUGGUACCAGGUCAGAGCAACUAUGAUCAAAGAAUGACUCUCAAUAGGACUGUUUCUAGCCACCCGCUCAGGUUUGCAGCCACAUCUUCAGAGGGUGGAGUGACAUUGCAAGCGGAAGCUGCUGUGUCUUCCAGACAAUCAAGGCCGUUGCCUAUCAUAGGGCAUAGUGGUAAUGUGAGGCGUGGGAGGGCGAGGAAUUUAUAUAACACAUUUCAUUCUUCAUUCAAUGAGGACAAUCCCCAUGAUAGAUGGGUAUCUGAGGGUAUCGUUAUGAUUGACCAGUCAAUGUUCUAUGACCCUAGCGAUCUGUUUGAUCGGUAUAGAGACAUGAGACUGGACAUAGACAACAUGAGCUAUGAGGAAUUACUUGCUUUGGAAGAAAGCAUUGGGAAUGUCAGCACAGGUUUGUCAGAAGACAGGAUUUUGGCAUGUCUGAUAAAGAGGGUACACUGUUCUAAUCAAACUCAUGAUGACCAGGAGGAAAGAAGCUGUGCCAUUUGCUUGGAAGAGUAUAAAGAUAGAGAUAACCUGGGGAGCAUGAAAUGUGGGCAUGACUUCCAUAUAGGCUGCAUCAGGAAAUGGUUGGAGAUAAAAAAUGUUUGCCCAGUCUGCAAAGCCUCUGCAUUGGAAGAUAUUUCAAAGGAGAAACAAAUCUGUCCUUUCUAAUUAAUCUCAUGCUAGUCACCUUAUUAUUUUCUGCUUUGCUUUGUAAAUAUACCGUACCCAGGGGCAUGGCAUACUUUGGCGUCUGAACAAGACAAUUCUUUAAAUUGACAUCUGCUUAAAAAAUUUGAUUCUCAUUCAUUUUAAAUAGAUAUAUUGUAUAUGAAUUGGCAUGUGACUCCA